AUGGAGCGCAUCUUACAUACUCAACUUUAUGAAUAUUUGACUGCAAACAACUUACUCUCUGAACAUCAAUAUGGUUUCAGAAAAUUUCAUUCAACUGCCUCAGCUCUGCUUGAUUGUACAAAUGAUUGGUACAUUAACAUGGAUAAAAAAUUGUUCAAUUUGGCUGUAUUUGUAGACCUAAAAAAAGCCUUCCAUACUGUUGACCAUGAAAUCUUAUUAGAAAAACUAAUGCUUGUUGGAAUCACAGGAAAUGCAUUGUUACUGGACUUACUGCUUAAGUCGUAUUUAACUGAUCGUACACAAAGAUGUGCGUGA